AUGAGGUGACUGAUCUGCCAGACAGUGACUGAAAUUACAUUCAAUAUUCCUUUGACUUUGUUUUGAUAUUUUAUAGUAACAUUCCUAUUGAAAAUUCUUGUUAUUUUGUUCUAUUUAUAAUACAACAUUUUUCUGUAAUAUCAGUAUUUUCCGACUUAAUGAUUUUUACUUUACCCACCCCUUGGCUUGAUGAAUUUUUAUUCAACCCACCCAUUUCCACCCAUAAAAUUUUGUUUAUCCACCCAUUUUCUCUUCUCCCCCCCCCUUCCCAGCCAUAAACAAUGACCUGGCCCUCACAAUACUUUAGAAAGGUGUGACAGUCGUUUUCUGGACCUGCAGAUUGUUUUUUAAGAAAUUCUUAAAGAUCGUCUUCAAUUCUCCUAUAAUUUUGAACUGUCUGUGCCAGUGUAGGUAGCACUGGAAAAAAAUGUGAAAUCCACACUAUGAAAUUUGCAAUUGCACCACUAAAUCCAUAGUAUAUCCAGAUUAUUUCGAUACCAUAUCCAUAGUAUGGAAAUAUAAAAUUAUUAUGGAUAGUCAAAAAUCCAUUCUAUUUCCAAUAAAGAUCCAUACAAUUUCCAUUCUAUGGAUUUUCAAGAUUUUUUCCAGUGUAGUGCCAAUAAUAUAUGAACAAGCUUUUGUUGGUAGGGAUGCAACUACCUGCAAAAAUAUAAGGAGAAUUUCGACGUUUCGAGCGAAGCCACUUCGUCUGGAGUUGCUGUAACUCCAGACGUAGGGCCUUCGCUCGAAACGUCGAAACCAUCCAUGUAUUUUUCAGGUAGUUGCAUUCCUACCAAGGAAAGCUUGUUCAUUUCGGGCAAGUAGGCUUACCCGCUCGGCAGUGUUGUAACGAGUCGAGUCAUUGACUCUGACUCGAGUCAACUCGAGUCGCUAUUUUCAGCGACUCGACUCGAGUCCAAUACGAAAAAUGACUCGACUCGACUCGAGUCAACAGCCCCAAAUGACUCGACUCGGACUCGACUUGCUGAUUUUGCCGUAAAUGACUCGAGUCAACUCAUCUACAACUUGUACAGAGUAAAUUCAUCACAAUUAUUGUGAUUGUAUUGCUUGGGAAGAACAAUAAGCCCUGUAAACAAUGAGAACUUUGAAACUUUAUCAGAAAAUAUAUGGGAUUUGCAUAGAAUAUAUUCCUGACGGGCAUACCUAUAUUACAUUUCUGUUUUUAGAAACAACGCUAGUGCCACAGUUUUUUAAAAUUAAGUCUCAAAAUGUUUUGUACUUAUACUAAUUCUGACAGGCUAUUUUCAUUUUUGGUAUUUAUGAAGGGCUAUAUAAUUUCAAAUCAACUUACAAAGCGUUGUUAAUUAAAGUCUAUUCUUUAUUAAUUCUGACUCCAGUUGCAAGUUUUGCUAGUUGUAUGUACGUACACUCGAUCAGCAGGUAUGAUGAGACAUCUCACGUGGUUGACUGGAACUGUGAUAAUAUUGGCACAGCCUAUAGCUGCCCAGAUACUGUUAUUAAUUUAAAUGACUAAAGUAAUUAGUUUAAAACGCAAAUUUGAUUACUAAUUUCCGACAGCAAGCUAGGGUAGCUCAAGUAAAGUCUAGAAAUUGACUCGACUUGACUUAAAUCAGUGACUCGACUUGACUCGAGUGAAGCCGCUGACUCGACUCGACUCGAGUGAAGCCACUGACUCGACUCGACUUGAUCAAAAACUGAAAUGACUCGACUCGACUCGUGACUCGACCUUUGAGUGACUCGACUCGACUCGUGACUCGACCUAUAGGUGACUCGUUACAACACUGCUUGAUAGACUUUCACAUUUUUAGGCCUUCGUCUGGUGGCUCACGGGGAAGUGAUAAAAGUCGGGUCAAAAGUGAUAAAGACAGAGAGAGCGCACUAGAAGCAGUGAGAUCUCUUACCAAGCCACAGAAUAAGAAACCUCAAGUCACUCAGGUACUGCACAACAUUGGCAUACAAUAUAACAAAAUGUGUUAAGGCGGAUCUCCACAUGACGAUUUUUAAGAGAUCGUCAAAACAGUUCGCGACGACACAUGCGCAAUUGAAAAAUUGUUCCAAGAGCGAUCGUCUAAGCGCUCGACGAAGAGUAGGAUUGACUUCUACUUUUCGUCAAGCGGCAGACGAUCGCCAAAUUUUUAAGCAAUAAGAUUGCAAGAUUCUUCGUCCAAACAUUUCAAUAUGGCGACCGUCGAGUUGAGUGAAGCUCCAAAUCAAAAUGUAAAUUUCUUGCUAAACUUUAUCCUUCACAAUCUCAACAACUUGCUUCAACAUCACAACAGAUUUAUCAUACUCAGAAUACACAGCAUGGUGCUUGUAUACACAUUGCGCGUGCAGAAAAACUACCUUGCCCUGGUUCCAGAGGUUCUUGUGCCGCCGUAUUAUAAAUUACGUGAUAAAUACGAGCAAGAAUAGGGCGGAAGAUACGAGAACCUCUAGCAACCAUGGAACAGAAGAACAACAACAAAUCAAACCCAAAAUAUGGAAUUCGAUAAGGAAUUGUUUUUACAAGGCCUCAGGGAAUUCACAUGUUUGUGGGAUACUAGUGCUUUUUUUCUUGCUGCUAGUACAUCUCCACUUCUCUCUAAAUCGUCGCGAAUUUUUAUGAUGAUCGUCAUAACAAUUGUCUCAAAAAUCGUCUAUAGUGGAGAUCCGCCACAAAGUUACGGAAUUCCAGCAUCAUGGAAAUUUAGCACAGUGGUUUACUUUUUUAAACAUGCAUGCAAUUCUCCUCUGGUCAAAAAUUCUUGGCGCUUGUAGUAAAAAUAGCAAAAUCCUUUACCCAGCUCCAGCUGGAAAGUCAGAAUGACAAGAAAUGUAACAAUUUCCAAGAAUUAGCGUUGGUUACAAAUAAUGGAAGUACGUAUAAUCUGAAAUUAUAAUCAAUCGCAAGCGUCAUACUUUGAUAGGCGCAUGAUAUCCACGCCCGUGGCUGGGCGGGUAGUGCCACCCAUCCGGAAAUAAAAGUGACAUAAUGCCCCCCCCCCCCAAACUCACAAAAUUUGUUCUUCUGAUUUUAAUCAUUUUUUGCCGAAGCUACAAUUCAGACCAUGCCUUUUUUGUAUAAACUAUUAAUCAGAUUAUAUUUCCUGUGGCUCCAUGUUAUAUGCAUGACAAACAAUUUGCUUAAGAUAUGCGGGUAAUCAAAGGAAAAAUCAUUGGAAGCAUUACGGAAUUUCACUGAAUUUUACUGAAUUUACUAUUCGAUAAUAUAAGGAAAUCUUAUGUUUUUUAUUUUCUAUGUUGUUUACUUUAAAGUUUUAAUAAAUAAAGGACAAAUCUAAUAUUCUUCACGGUCUAGAAGAACGAAUUUUUGCCAAUUUUUCCAGGGCUGCGACCGGAAACUAGCACAAAAACAUCUCUGCUAAAUUUUUCAGCAGUGCCCCUUUAGAAAUUGAGAGCCAGCUACGGGCUACAUCAUAUCAUCUUACUUUGGGGACAAAAUUGAGGCAAAUCCGCCAUUAUCCGGACUUUUCAACUGUAAGUUGCAAAGCAGCUGGAGCUGAAAAACCGGAGCUUUUGCAGAGCUCUUCUAGGAUUGUAGUUAUGUGGAGUUUAGUCAGUGCAGUCUUUAGUUAGUUCUUGUUUGUUCUCAGAUGAAGUGAGGAUCUGCAGGUAAAUAGACAAUUCCCAUUAUAGACUAAUUUUAAAACUUGACAAGGAGAUGCAAGGAAAUCACCACAGCUAGAAAGAGCAUACUAAAAUGAGUAAAAUUGCAAAUGUGGUUGCGAAAUGUUGUAAAAUGCAAAAAAUAUAGCCUUGCAAAGUUCGCAAAAUUUGUAUAUACAUUUGUAUUGCUUGGGGAAAUUGCUACCACAUGCAUUUGGGCCGAAAGUGGUAGCAAUUUCCGCACGCAAUACAAAAGUAUACAAAAUUUGCAAACUUUGCAAGGCUAUAUAUUUUCCGCAUUUUACUCAUUUUAGUAUGCUCUUUCUAGCUGUGAUGAUUUAUUUGCAUCUCCUUGCCUAGUUUUAAAAUUAAUCUAUAAUGGGGAAUUGUCUAUUAGACUCGUUCUUUUAGCUUGUUAAAAUAGCUAGCAAUAUUUUAUAGCAAGUUUAAACGGAUUUCACUUUUUAGCAUAAAACCUGUUUCUAGGCUUAUUAUUUUUCUGCUUCUUUCUUUAGAAUUUAUAUUUUUCGCCCGAUGAAAAUAAUGAUGAACUGUUACAACUACUUCGUGCGGAUCGAUUUAAAAAUGAUUCUGUAUUUGCUUAUAUAGAGGUGAGGGGAGUCGCAUUAACCAUUAAACUAAACUAAACUUUAUUUUAUCCAUACUAUAGAUAGCUCAAUUAGGUCUGAACUGUUUUCCCUGAAGUGUAUACACAUUUGAGCAGUGUACUACUACCGGAGUAUACCAGAAGACAUGUACUCUUUGGUUGAGUUAAAGACAAGUGGAAGCAGUCUUCUAAAGAUGCAGAUGGCAGGAGAAAUUAAUAUCAAGGCCGGAUUUGGGUGGAAAUAGUGGGGGAGAUGUAAAAUAAUUUUGGGGAGGUGCAGCGGUGGCAUGUAGUGUACAUGUGUAUCAGUGGAUUAAUGAACUGUGACAUUCAAUUUUGCCCUUCGUUACAAUUACUGCAAAGUUUCUUUCAAAACAUUGCAUUAAAAGGGUACUUGACACACAGAUGAUUUAAAACUAUCACUGUUUCAGUUUUACAGAAAAAUUUUCUUACGAAGUGUAGACCGUAUUAAAGCAACGAAAAAAUGUCAAAUUUUUACUUUGAUUUAUCAUUGAAACUUUCCCAAGGGGAGGUGCAUGACUUUUCAAGGGAGGUGCAAAAAAAUUCGCAGGGGAGGUGCGUACCUCCCCUCAAAAUCCAGCCAUGGAAAUUAUAAUCACUGCAUAUUGUAGGAGCCAAACCCAGUUCACCUAGGUGAAAAACAGGAAAGUACCCAAAUUGAUCCGAUGUUGACUAACUGUUCGCUUGUUGUGUUUUAGAAAAAUUUUAAAGAAGAAAAGAGGAAAGAACCAGAAUUUAUAAGUCAGUUAGUCACAGCCGUAGCUGAAAGCUGCAUAAUAAAUAAAGGUCACAGAAUAAAAUUUAAGUGGAUUUUGGGUACUACUAAACGUACACUGUACAUGGAUGAUAUUACAUCCAAAAUCGUAUAUACUCUGUUAACUAUAUAUGGUCAAUGCUGAAUAUUUGCAUUUUUUAUUUAUAGACCAAGAAGUUGGUCCAGAUUGUUGUCAGGAUAAGCUAAAAGCCAGGAAAGAUAUAUUGCGGAAAUAUCUGAAUAAUAAUAAUAGUUUGGAACUUCAAGCAUUGUUUGCUUUUCAGGAAAUAUAUGUGAAAUAUAAUAAACCCGCAGGUAGGUGUUGAUAGUAUGAAACCUUAAUAUAACUUUACUUAUAUACUGGUAGCUCUACCAUUUCUUAACUGUUGUCCAACUUGUCCCUGGACAUCCAGAAAGAACUGUAUCUUUUAUUGUUCAAGUGUUUACUACAGUACAACAGAAUACCUAAGCUAAACUGACAUAUGCUGUGCUGAGUGGUUAUAUUAGGUCUACUACCUGUAAUAAACAAGCAGGCCCGUCCCUUAUAGAGGUUCAGAUUUGACUUCCACUACCGCUACCAUAAGGGACCAUCAACCAAUCAGAUGCGUUUGAUAUAUUCCGCGAUUAACUAAUCAGAUGAGUGCAUGAAGUCAAAGCUGAACCUCAAAAAUGUACAAAUACUAUAGAACUAUACGAUUAUCUCCUCUUUCAGCUAUGCUGUCACAAUUUUUUAACACACUUUACGAUGAAGAAGUUAUAACUGAAGAAGCAUUUAUGUCUUGGAAACGAGACGAAAAUCCUUUGAAGCAAGAAGAAAAAGCGUCGGCUCUCCAAGCAACGGCUGCGUUUUUUGAAUGGCUUCAGUCUGCCGCUGUUGAAGGCAGCGAAAACUAAAUAACUCCGAACUUCGAAAAAUAUAUCUAAUAAUUUUUAUUUAAAGAAAACUAUUCUAUCUUCUUUCCUUUUUGGGGAAUUGGGUAUAAAGUAUAUACAUGUGAUAUGAACAUUGAUAUUAAUUGAUAUUCGAGAGUAUUCGAAGUGUAGUAGCCAUUUUUGUGGGUCUAGAUGGCAGACAUGGAAAAUAGUGGGAUCCUGGGUCUUGAGGAAUAUUGCCUAACCAAGACACACCUGAACAGUUGCACCCAACUUCCGGAUCACGCAUAGUCUACGGUACACCGUGGGCACAGAGCCGUGUGCUAGAUCACGCAUGGUUCACUAGCAAUAAACUUUUGUUAAUAUAUAACAUCAUUUUUCUUAAUGAAGUUGUGACAAUUAGGAUUUACGCACGGUGAGGUGCCGUUCAAGUUGCUCAACAUCAAACGAAGGUUUUCUAUUUUGUGGCUUUGAAGUUCACCGGCUUCUAGCCCUAUCAAGUAGUGCGGAUUGGAUUGGAGGUUGGCAAUCGGUAUGAUCGGUAAUUUUGGUAAUUUUUUUGAAAUCUAAUCCGAAAUUGUCUGACCAAAAUCCAGUCCGAUCCGUUCUACUGUAUAGGCGUAUAGCACGUUUCUUGAACAAAUGUAUGCCAUGAUGCUGUAGUGGCGUGACAAUUUUUAAGAAUUCAAUUAAGAUUUUAUUUGAAUUCUUAAGCAUGCAUUCAAACAAGCAGUAAGAAUAAAGAAUACCGGCGCGUUUGAAAUAUGCUUAGGCC